ACUGCCGCUCUAAUAAUCCAGUCGGAACAACCACCGCCUGACAACACUGGACUUAAAAGAAGCAAGACAAGAGAAAAACUCGCGUGAUACUUAAAUUUAACUUGGGGAAAAAAAUGAAAGCAAUAAGCCCCGUUCGGUCCUUCCGGAAAAACACCGCCGCGUUGUCGGAGCACUCGCUGGGUCUGUCGCGGAGCAAGACCCCCGUGGACGACCCGCUGAGCCUGCUUUACAACAUGAACGACUGCUACUCCAAGCUGAAGGAGCUGGUGCCCAGCAUCCCGCAGAACAAGAACGUCAGCAAGAUGGAAAUCCUGCAGCACGUCAUCGAUUACAUCCUGGACCUGCAGAUUGCGCUCGACUCCAACGUCGCGCUGGGAACGAGCCUGCAUCACCCCGCGCGGCCGGGCCAGGGGGCUCCUCCCCCGGCUGCAUCCCGGACCCCGCUGACCACCCUCAACACGGACAUCAGCAUCCUCUCGCUACAGUCUUCCGAGUUGCCAUCCGAGCUGACGACAGAUGACAGCCGGACUCUGCGUCGCUAAAGGCGGUGUUUGGUCAAGACAAGUUUAAAAAAAAAAAAAUCUCACAGGACCUGGGGAGCAUGCAGGGCUUCCUCCCCCUUCCUAAAAAAACAAAACAGAAACAAACAAAAAAAUCCAACAACCUCUGUCCUCCUCCAGGCCUGAUGGAUUAUUUUUUCCUCCCUCCAUCAUGAGACUUUGUGCUUACUAUGGGACAAUCUUUAUGAUGUGAUGUGCAUUUUUCCCGCAUUAUUAUUAUUUAAUUUAAGAUUUUUUUAAUUAUUUGUAAGUCCUUUCUUGAAAUGGAAGGCGCGUUAUAUUCCCAGUUGUGGGAGGCAAAAUGAGAUUGACACGAGGCUGAUUAUUAUUAUUCCCCCCUCGCCUUCCUCCUCUUGUCCUCCCUUACUUUGUUGAAGUCUUCGCUUUUUUUGCGGAGGUGGGAACUUGGUUAUUUACUGUAUAAAAAAAAAAAGUGAAAAAAAAUAAGUUUAGUCUUGUAUUGUCAGGAUUGUUGGCACAUGAAGGACUGGACGUUUAAAAGAUGAAAAGUGGAAAAAAAGAAUGACACCUUGUGAACUCUUCUUGAGAGUUUAUCUUGUAUAGUUGCAGGCAUUUCUGCAAAAAGUGUAAUGUUGUACUUAUGCUGAAACUUUUUAUAAAAGUAAUGUAAAUUGUACCUUUUUUAUACAAAAUAAAUCACAAAAGCAA